AUGAGUAGGAAGAAGGAGAAGGAAGAUGUGGACAUGGAGGAGGAAGAAGAAGAGGAGGAGUGGGAGGAGGAUGAGCCUUGGAGAAAUUCCAAGGGAAGGAAGACUGGUGGGGGCACCACCUCUUGGGCUAGGCAAGCCAGAAGAGCUGCCAAGCAAGCCAAGAGGGUGGUGAUGUCCACUGGCAAGCCCCUUGAAAAAGGGGACGAAGCCCUUGCAAAAGGGAAACCCCUUGAGAAAGGGAACAAAGCCCUUGCAAAAGGGACACCCCUUGAGAAAGGGAACAAAGCCCUUGCAAAAGGGCAAUAUGAAGCCAAGUGCCAGGAGCUGAAGGACAAGCUGAUGAAGAGCCCCCAAAAGGGGAAGCUUGGUCCCAGGCUGGAAACUGGCACAUCCCUUGAGAAAGGGACAGCUGCAAGCAGCAGCAAUGCUGCACCCCUUGAAAAAGGGAAAAAAAACUUCUUGAAAAAGAGGAGGCAGCAGCCCUUGAAAAAGGGCAAUUCCUUGAAAAAGGAAAUGUUGCCAAAAAGGACUCAGGACACUGUGCUGGUCCAGGACCUCAUGGCCCUGCAGAAGCUCCUUGACAAAGGAGUGGAGGUGCAUGUGCUCUCCUUCUGUGGGGCCAAGCAAAUCCCCAAAGUUGAAAAGGAAAUGUGGGACAAGCUCCCAGAUCCCAUUGACCAACUUCACUGGUGGGGAUGCUGCACCAGUCGCACUGGGGUGGGGGGCAAGGCAGAGUAUGCCACAGAGUGGGGCUGCCAGGUGGCCUUUGAUGAUUCAAAGGACAUCUUGCAAGAGCUGGGCUCAUGGGGUGUCAAAACCUAUGGCAUCCAGACAUUGAGAGAGAGCCAUGCAUGGAUGCCAGAAAACUCCAGGUUUGCAUCCUUUGCAGAAGCAGUGAAGCAGUUCAUCAGAGAUUACAAUCUUUGA